GGUUGACGUAUAGUGAUACAACAAUUAAUACAUCAACUGUUAAUAACUCAAUUUAUGUAUUUGUGUGCUCAAAUAAUUUGUUUGUCAUGAGUAUAUUUAUUAUUAGUCAUUGUAUUAUAUUAUAUUAAUUAAAAGAUUUCAUAGCUAUUUUGUACAAAAUGAGCGACUUCAGAACAAGUCUUUAUACAAAGACAACGCCGAUUACUGAUGAUUAUAGUAUAUCUGAUACAGUCCUAGGUUUAGGUAUAAGUGGAAAAGUUGUGCAAUGCUUUCAUAAAGUUACAGGAGUUAAAAGAGCCUUAAAGGUGUUAUAUGAUAAUGCCAAGGCCAGGAGAGAAGUCGAAAUACAUCAGAAGGCGAGUGGGUGUCUGCACAUUGUCAAUGUUAUUGAUGUGUAUGAAAAUACUUAUAAUGGCAAAGAUUGUUUGCUUGUCGUUAUGGAAUGUAUGGAAGGCGGAGAAUUGUUUCAAAGAAUCCAAGAACAACAGGGUUUUACAGAGAGAGAGGCUGCCCAAGUAAUGCAUGAGAUUUGUCUAGCAGUGAAAUACCUGCAUGAUAAUAACAUCGCACAUCGAGAUUUGAAACCAGAAAAUCUUCUUUAUUCAACCACACAACCAGAUGCCAUAUUAAAACUUACUGAUUUUGGAUUUGCACAGGAGACUACGGCACAUAGGAGUUUAACAACACCUUGUUAUACUCCAUAUUAUGUUGCUCCUGAAGUUUUGGGUCCAGAACGAUAUGAUAAAAGUUGUGAUAUAUGGUCUCUUGGUGUUAUAAUGUAUAUAUUACUUUGUGGUUUUCCACCCUUCUACAGUAACAACGGAUUGGCAAUAUCACCCGGAAUGAAAAAGCGUAUUCGAACAGGACAAUUUGAUUUUCCUGAUCCAGAAUGGAAUUGUGUAUCUAAAGAAGCAAAAGACUUAAUUCGUGGAAUGUUGGAUGUAGAUCCCACCAAGAGAUUUACAAUAGACCAAUUCAUGAGAACACAAUGGAUAGCUAAAUAUACUGCGGUACCUCAAACUCCUUUGCACACUGGUAGAAUGUUACGUGAAGGUGAAGACAUCUGGCCAGAAGUGCAAGAAGAAAUGACUAGAUCCUUAGCAACUAUGAGAGUUGACUAUGAUCAGGUUCACAUCAAAAACUUAGACAACACUAAUAAUGCUUUGUUACAUAAAAGACGCGGCCGUGAUUCUGGAAAAUCUGCUGCACAUUAAUAUCUAACAAAUCUCAAGAACACAAACACAAAAUUAACAAAACGAUUAUACUUAAGGCAAUACCAAUAAUUGCACAAAGCAAUCUGUAUCAAUAUAAGAUUUUAUUUACUACGGUUUGAAUAACAUCACAGUUUAUCAAACAAAUUUUUAGUAUUAAGAACAAAUGUUAGAACAAACAUCGGUUUGUGGUGUGUAAGAACACACUAUUGAAUUAUUUCAUAGUACAACAAUUUUAAAAAUGAAUUUAUAUAUUUAAAUGUGAAUUAUGAACCGUACUAAGGAACAAAUUAGUAUUAUAAUUAAUAUAUUUGCAACAACCGCAUUAGAAUCUAGUACUAGGAGAAAAAAUGUAUAUUCGAUGCUGCCUUCAAAUUAUUAGCCUAGUGAAACAAAAACUGGUUUGCCAUGAAGACUUGAAAACUA